GAGUAGGGGCCAGGUCUAAUGUGCAGAAGGUUCUCCAUUCUACAGCAAAUCUGAGAUAUAUGGGUACUCAAUGCUGUAAAUUAAAAAAAAAAUGUUUUUUGGUCCAUUUUGUUGCGUGUGCACCUCUUGCAAUAAAUUUGAGUCAGCACCAAUGACAGCUCUGCAGUCCUCCUAUGUGGUGCUGAUCAGGUGGUUGCAGAGCUUCGGCUCACAGCAACACAAUGCAGCUGAGCAGGCAAGCACAGCCCACAGCCAGAAGCGGUUCCCACUUUCCAGAACGAGGCGACCUUUAAGCUUAAGUUUCCCGGAGAAAAUGAGAUGCUGAUGUUGAAGACGACACUAUGGCUUUGAUGGAAUAUCAGAUAUUGAAAAUGUCUCCCAGCCUGUUCAUCCUUCUGUUUCUCACACCUGGUAUUUUAUGCAUUUGUCCUCUCCAAUGUAUAUGCACCGAGAGGCACAGGCAUGUGGACUGUUCAGGUAGAAACUUGACUAUAUUACCAUCUGGACUGCAAGAGAAUAUUAUCCACUUAAAUCUGUCUUAUAACCAUUUUACUGAUCUGCAUAACCAGUUAACCCAGUAUACCAAUCUGAGGACCCUGGACAUUUCAAACAACAGGCUAGAAAGCCUGCCUGCUCAAUUACCUCGGUCCCUCUGGAACAUGUCUGCUGCUAACAACAACAUUAAACUGCUUGAAAAAUCUGAUACUGCUUAUCAGUGGAACCUUAAAUAUCUGGAUGUUUCUAAGAAUAUGCUGGAAAAGGUUGUCCUCAUUAAAAAUACACUAAGAAGUCUUGAGGUUCUCAACCUCAGUAGUAACAAACUCUGGACAGUUCCAACCAACAUGCCCUCCAAACUACAUAUCGUGGACUUGUCUAACAAUUCCUUGACACAAAUCCUUCCAGGAACAUUAAUAAAUCUGACAUAUCUCACACAUCUUUACCUGCACAACAAUAAGUUCACAUUCAUUCCAGAUCAAGCUUUUGACCAACUCUUUCAGUUGCAAGAGAUAACCCUUUACAAUAACAGGUGGUCAUGUGACCACAAACAAAAUAUUACUUACUUACUUAAAUGGAUGAUGGAAACAAAAGCCCAUGUGAUAGGGACUCCCUGUUCUAGCCAAAUAUCAUCUUUGAAGGAACAUAACAUAUACCCUACACCUUCUGGAUUUACCUCAAGCUUGUUCACUCUAAGUGGGAUGCAGACAGUGGACACCAUUAACUCUCUGAGUAUGGUAACUCAAUCCAAAGUGACCAAAAUACCCAAACAAUACCGAACAAAGGAAACAACGCUUGGUGCCACUCUAAGCAAAGACACCACCUUUACUAGCACCGACAAGGCUUUUGUGCCCUAUCCAGAAGAUACAUCCACAGAAAUGAUUAAUUCACAUGAAGCAGCAGCUGCAACUUUAACUAUUCAUCUCCAAGAUGGAAUGGUUACAAACACAAGCCUCACUAGCUCAACAAAAUCAUCCCCAACACCCAUGACCCUAAGUAUUACUAGUGGCAUGCCAAACAAUUUCUCUGAAAUGCCUCAACAAAGCACAACCCUUAACUUACGGAGGGAAGAGACAACCACAAAUGUAAAGACUCGCUUACCUUCUUCUGUGGCAAGUUCUUGGAAAGUAAAUGCUUCAUUUGUCUUAAUGCUCAAUGCUGUGGUCAUGCUGGCUGUCUGAGGGUCCGCAUUUUCUGAAACUAAUGAAAGAACUCCUUCCUGAUGUAUAGUUGGGAAAAUACGCCCCUAUCUAACCAGUGACUCAAGCUAUAUUAAGUAUUCAAGAAAGCCAGUCUUAUAUUUCUGACACUGAUGUAAAUGAAGUAACUUGUCUUAAAUAAAAGAAGUGCACAAUGUCUUGGUACUUGCUGCUAUUCUACUGUCUUAAUGAAGUAAAACGAAUGAGUUUUUUUUUUAAAUGAAAUGUUUUCUUUUUAAGGCUUCAACUUACUGCAUAAAAUAUAAAGCAUCUAAACUUUAAUAUGUAUUUUAUGUAUGUUUACACUGUCAAACACCUUGGAAAAAAUAAAAGGUCUAUGCUCAUAA